AUGAUUAGUCCCAAGCCAGACUACGAAGCCUCUGCAUCGCCAGAAGGCGAAGAUGGCUCCGAAGGCGCGCUGGCCUUCCACCCCAGCCACAUUACCCUCUCAACCUUCAACCGUCUACUAGUCUGCUACCCGAAAACCGUGGAGCAAGUCCAUCGGAAAAAAUUGAUUCGGAAGCUUCAAUCAAAAGCAAAGCCUAAGCGCAAGUCGGCCAAGAAUUCAGCAGACGCGCAGGACACAACACUACAGAAAACAGACCUCCCUCCCGCCGAGGAGGAGCAGAUCCAAGAUGACCUGGAUAAAUUCCUGACACUUGAUCGCUGGAGAUAUGAAACUCUGCCUAAGGAACUCGCCAAGCGAAAGGGUGACCCGGCCCAUCUGACCAAGGAUGAAUUGAUUGAGAUCAUGGCGUGGAAAACCUCCCACGGCCGCCCCCGCCCAAUGUUAAUGGGAAUGAUAAAAGCCAAUCAGCAAAGCACAAUAACGAAAGCGACAUCCGAGGCUUUCACUUCUUUGCCUGUCUUGGACCCAAUUACGGAAUCUGAAGAGGCAUUCCCAAAAGCUAGUCUGGACGCAUUGACGACUUCAUUGCGUGGUGUUGGACCUGCGACUGCGUCGCUCAUUUUGUCGAUUGCCACUGUUGUUGGUGAGCCUGUGCGCCAGGUUCCGUUCUAUAGUGAUGAUGCUUAUUUGUGGCUUGUUUUGGGGGCUUAUCCUGCUGCAAAUCCUGGGGAGGGGGAGGGAGAGGCGAAAGUAAAGGGUGUGAAGGCCAAUGGGGAGUUGGAUGUUAAGUAUAAUUUGAAGGAGUUUCGAGGAUUGUGGGAUGAGGUGCAGGACUUGAGGGCGAGGCUGAAGGAGGAUGGGGAUGGGUUGGGGUCUGUUUCGACGGUUGAUGUCGAGAAGGUUGCUUACGUGCUUCGGCAUAUUGUUGUCUCUGGUUAUGACUUUGGUCACCAUCAAGAUGUCAGCGAGGCUGCUGUUACAGACUCUACAAAGGGAUCUGAUAGGCAGACCAAAAGGCGCAAGUUGAAGUGA